AUGACGAUACCAAUAAGUGAGACGGAGACGUUCUCUACUGAUAGAAGAACUCAAGAAAGCACUCCAUUAUAUUUCAAUAAUAAUAACACAAGUGGCUUGACCACUAAUGUAUCAUAUCAUUAUAAUGCAGAAGUUAGUCAGUAUCAUUAUGGAUCUCUACAUCCUAUGAAACCAUUUAGAUUAAUGUUAACCGACCAUUUAGUAAUAUCCUACAAACUAUUUGAAAAAAUGGAUCUAUAUACACCCCGUCGAGCUACUCGAUCAGAAAUGACCCAAUUUCAUUCUGAAGAUUAUAUCGAUUUCUUACAAACCAUUACUCCUGAAAAGACGGCAAAAUUGGCAGAACAGACAUUAGCUCAAUUCAAUAUUGGAGAUGACUGUCCUGUGUUUGAUGGAAUGUAUGAUUAUUCUGCAAUAUAUACUGGUGCUUCCCUUGAUGCCCUGCGAAAAUUAAUUUCAGGAAUGUCUGAUAUUGCCAUUAAUUGGCUGGGUGGAUUACAUCAUGCUAAAAAGUUUGAACCUAGUGGGUUUUGUUAUGUUAAUGAUAUUGUAUUGAGUAUUAUGAAUUUAUUAAGAAUUCAUCCUAGAGUAAUGUAUAUUGAUAUUGAUUUACAUCAUGGUGAUGGAGUUCAAGAAGCUUUUUACACCACUGAUAGAGUAAUGACUGUUUCAUUUCAUAAAUAUAAUGGAGAAUUUUUCCCCGGGACUGGAUCAGUUGAUGAAAUUGGAUUAGCUAAGGGGAGAAAUUAUGCUGUGAACGUACCGUUAAGAGAUGGAAUUGAUGAUGAAUCUUAUAUACGACUAUUUAAACUGAUCAUGGAACCUUUAAUAACUAAAUUCCAACCUACUUGUAUUGUCCAACAAUGUGGAGCUGAUUCCUUAGGAUAUGAUAGAUUAGGAUGUUUUAAUUUAAAUAUUAGAGCUCAUGGUGAAUGCGUUAAAUUUAUAAAAACAUUUGGAAUCCCCAUGUUGGUUGUUGGAGGUGGUGGAUAUACUCCAAGAAAUGUUUCAAGAUUAUGGUGUUAUGAAACGUCCGUAUUGAAUGAUGUUACUCUUGAUCCUAAAAUCCCCAAUUUCUUACCAACUUAUGAUUGGUUUGGACCUGAUUAUUCAUUACAUCCUCAAUUAGAAGGUAGAAUUGAUAAUAAGAAUUCUAAGAAAUAUUUAGAAAGUGUAAGGCAUGAAAUUUUGGAACAAGUACGAUAUCUUAAUCAUGCUCCUUCGGUACAAAUGUAUGAAAUUCCGCCUGAUUUAACUGGUUUAACUGAUGAGGAAGAAGAUGCAAUUAAGGAAUUGAAUGAAGAAAAUGAGAGAGAAAAGAAAAUAAUGAAAGAUGAAUCAAAAACUGGGGAGUUUAUGACAUAA